AUGGAGCAGCGGCGCGGCAUUGAUUAUAAUCAACCCCACAACACCACAGCACCACAGCACAACAACACCACAACCAGCCUGCCCUCCGCUCCCCUCCUCUCUCACAAACUGCUCUGCUUUGCCCGGCCUAUUCACAGAGACCCCGAAAAAGCCAGCCACCAUCCUAAACAGCGCUCAAAGAAAGUUGUGCCUCGACCUGCUAGGACUUCCCAAAGUAAAUUGAGCUGGCCUGCACAAGCUCCGUCAUCUACGGCAUGCAUCUUCGAACAUAGAACCAACGCUCACGAAGGCGGCGAACUGCCUAGCAAAUCACUCGAUAUGUUCCAAACUUUCAGCGGCAGCUCUCGCCGUCCCCGACAAGUGAACCUGUCUGGCCAAAAUACAAACCCAUUUGCACCAAACUCGAGAAACCCAGCGGCGUCCGGGACCCAAAAGACCGUGGCGCAAGCCGCGCAAGAGAGACUGCAGCGUCAGCAAGAGCGAGACCGACUGAACGCUUCGAAGAAGAUUCAACGCAUAUGGAGAGGGCAUAGAGCUAGGAGCGACUUGGCAGACUCGCGGCGGAGGAUCUGGGAUGAGCUGGCGAGGAAGGAUGAUCUCCCGGAUCCACACUCGAGGUUGAUUCAGCAACUACAACUUCUGGUAGUAUUUUACAGUCCGCGGAGAGAGGAUGAUAUCGAGAGGCUCUCGAGCCUGAGUCUGGGAAUAUCUGCUUUUGGCUACGAAGCUUUUCUAGCAUGUCCUGAGAUCCAACCUCAGCUAGUUCGACUAGCAAAUGCCACCUUAGAAGGCCUACAGAAAUUGAAAUUUGAAGUUGUAUCAAGCUUGCUGCAGUUACUGGUAGCAAUAGUCGAUCAACAGCCAGACGUGUUCCCCAUGAUAUCUCGCUCUUAUUACACCUUCCUCUCCGAACUGGUUUCAGGCAAUGGAUUUCCGAAAUACGAUACAAACCUAGUGUUGAAUGCCAUCAGGAUGCCCUUGACAGAGCGCAUCAACCUGAAUAACAAGGAUGGGAUCGUCUUAAAUGCUCAUGCAGCAUUCGCGCUGUAUUUUCUGACAACUCCCAAAUUGGCUGAAUCUCUCGGUGGUCUGGCUGCGCUUUCAACAAUUGUCAACGUGGGGCUUCUCUCAUCGGCAUUAGUGCUGGAGCUGUCAUCUGCGCCCGUGGAUCACAAGCAGGAUGACCGAAGUUUGUGGCUCCUGGCGCACUUCAUCUCGCUCCAUCGACUUCAACAUCGAAGUUCUCAAGAGCCAGAAUUCUUACGAGCAUUAUCUCUGCAGCUUUCUCGCUCCUCUGGCGAAAUUGUUGGCCGGAUCGAUGCUUCAGAUCCAGAAAUUCUUCCAGAUUCUAACGAUGGUGGCGAGGUUGAGAGAAGCAUCUCAGCUCCCCUACCUCCCUUUGUUAAAAACGAACUGCUCUCCCUGGUCAACGAAGCAAGUAUCACUGGGCUGCUGGUGAAGUUCAACGUUGACUAUGCCAAGGCAUCCGCUGCAGGAGAGGAAGACGCCAGUUUACUUGCGAGCUAUGCUCUGACACUUCUGAGAAUCUUCCCCCAAAGGGGCGAUGACAUUCGAUUGUGGCUUUAUCUAGGGUCGAUGACGACUUCGGCUGGCUCUGAAAUUCCUGCAUUGAAAUUCUUCUGGCAAGCCAUGAGCUUGACUAAUACUUUUUCUGUCAUCAGAGCCGAUUCCAAGGGUGCGUUGACGUUACUCCGGCCCCAGAACCAGCGCCAAAGCGGUUCAAGUGAUGCUGGGAGAGACAGAGAGUGGCGGACUAUACUGCUCUUCCUCGAGCUCUACACCUUCGUCUUGAGGUUUACUGAUGACGAAGAAUUUCUUAGUGGCAAUGUUCCAGCGUACGGACAGGCGAGUGGGCCAGUCUCUCGUAUCCGUCAAAGCGCACUGCCUAUCGAAGAUGUCAAGCGACUCACGAUAUUUCUAAAUAAUCUCGCUUUCACAAUGUAUUACAACGCCGGUGAGCUGUUCGACGAUGGCCAGUCUUCAUCCGAAGGUAGCAUCGGCAGCUACUUCAGUGCGAAAGCCACCACCUCGAGAUUUCAGUCUUCAGAGCCCGAGGUAAUGGCAACAACCAUGGCAAGGAGGCCAUUCGCUGGUGUUGCUGGGAUGACCUUUGACUAUGUGAGAACGAUUGCGACAGGGGUGAUGCGCAUGCUGUACGAGCGAGAUUCCCGGCGCCCCUUCUUGCCGAAGGAUCACUGGCUGAUGACAUCCCGAUUUGACAUGGAAGGUUUCAUUCCUGCCGUCGUCAUGGAAGAAGAGAGGCAGCACGAGGUGAGGGAGGAUGGUGAAGAAGAAGAAAUAGACGACUUACAAAUGCCUGAGGGCAGGGAAAUCGUCGGUAUGGGAAGAGCUCGGCAGGCUCGGCAGCUCGAAGCCCUCAGAAAACAGCAGCAAAAAGCUGCUCGCCAAAAGCUUCUUGCUGCAGUAGGACCAAGACUGGAGGUGCUGCAGAAUAUGCCCUUCGUCAUUCCGUUCGAGACCCGUGUCCAAAUAUUUCGUCAGUUCGUUCUUCUCGACCAGACAAGAAGACGAGGUGGCAACGUGGACCCCGACAUCUGGCGAAUGUCCAUCAUACAGCAGGCGCAGAUGACAUCUAGACCAUCGGGCCACGAGCUGCUAGGCCGUCACCAUGCCAAGAUCAGAAGAGAUCAGAUAUUUGAAGACGCUUACAAACAGUUCUACCAGCUCGGACAGGGCUUGAAGGAGCCAAUUCAAAUCACCUUCGUCGAUCAAUUUGACACGGUUGAAGCUGGUAUUGAUGGUGGAGGUGUGACCAAGGAGUUCCUCACGAGCAUUACAAAUGAGGCAUUCUUGUCAGAAGAGGCAUCUCCCCGCCUGUUCAUCGCAAAUGACCAGAAUCUGCUUUACCCAAAUCCAGCCACAGUGGAUGAGCGGAAAGAGCUACUAAAAGCCGCAGGGCUGAGAGAAACUUCUCCUGUGUGGAAGGAAAGCAUGAACGAUCUCUUGAAGCGUUACGAGUUCCUUGGGAGGAUCGUGGGAAAAUGUUUAUACGAGGGGAUCCUCGUCAAUAUUGGGUUUGCUGGAUUCUUCCUCCUCAAAUGGGCUACUGCAGGAUCCGAGUCGGGAUAUCGAGCAAACAUCAACGACCUCCGAGAUUUAGAUGAGGGUCUCUAUCAAGGUCUGCUCAAGCUGAAGAACUACCCUGGAAACGUUGAAGACUUCUCUCUCGACUUCACAAUCACAGAUAGCAUAUCCUCAGAUGGCGGACACGAAAAGAUAAUUACCAAGGAUCUGAUGCCAAACGGUUCCAACAUUCCUGUCACCGACAAGAACCGGCCAGUCUAUGUCUCUUACGUAGCGCGCCAUCGUCUGCAAGUCCAACCAUUCCGCCAAACACAAGCCUUCCUCAGGGGCCUCACCGAAAUCAUCAACCCGACCUGGCUCUCCAUGUUCAACCAAUCCGAGCUUCAGACCCUAAUCGGCGGCGAUUCGUCAGAAGUCAACGUUGAGGAUCUGCGACGCAACACACAGUACGGCGGCGUCUACCAGAUCGGCGACGAUGGCCAAGAGCACAGCACAAUCAAGAUCUUCUGGAAAGUGCUGAAGGAGCUUGACGAUUCGGAUCGCAGAAAGGUGCUAAAGUACGUUACUUCUACGCCGAGAGCGCCUCUCUUGGGCUUCUCACAACUGAACCCACGCUUCAGCAUUCGAGAUGCCGGACGCGAUGAGGAGAGACUGCCUAGCACCAGUACAUGCGUGAAUCUGCUGAAGCUGCCCAUGUACACUUCGGAGGCUCGCCUACGGACGAAAUUGCUGUAUGCGGUCAACUCGGGUGCUGGCUUUGAUCUGAGUUGA